GAAGUGUUCAACUGAAUUCUCACUCUCUCCUCUCUCCUCUCUCCAUCACUCUCACUCCAACUCCAAUAUUCUGAAGCCAAUCAUAUUCCUUCCAUAGCAACAGUCAACCAGGGUAAUAAAAAGUGAAAAACUAGGCAGAGAAGAAACACACACCAUGAGCAGAAAUGGCUUGAUAAUUCAUAAAGAGGGAAUCCACACUGCUCACAAAACAUUAUCUUCCAACUCUACCUUCAAUUCCCUUCUCCCAAUUGAAACAAUGAACCAAUAAUCGAAGCAACAUGGCCGACAGCACCACAACUUUCCAGCGAGAUGUCGAAGAAGAGGAGUCCCAGUUCGGCUCCACCCUCUGCCUCUCCUCCUCCUAUUACAGCGUCUUCGUCGUUCGCCUGGCCAUCAUGAUAAUGCUGGCGAUACUGAUUGGCCUUUUAACUCUACUAACAUGGCACAUCACCAGAGUCUACACCACCAAAUCCCUCAAAACCUUAGCAUACGGCCUCCGCCACGAGCUCCUCCAGCGGCCCCUCCUCCGCAUGUGGAACAUCCUCAACUCCACCGUCGAGGUCGCCACCGCCCAGGUCAAGCUCUCCGAGUCUGUCAUCCGCCGCUACAACAAGCCCGCCGCCUCCCAAGCAGACCAAGUCGAGCAGCUUUACCAAGUGAUGAAGGAGUUGACGUGGGCCCUCUUCGCCAGCCAGAAAGCUCUCAACUCCAUCACUCUCAGCUACCGCAACGGAUUCGUGCAGGCCUUCCAUCGGAACCACAGAAGCAACAACACAUACUACAUCUACUCUGAUCUCACCAACUACUCAAUUGCCACCUCAUUUUCUGUCAACCUCCUUUCCUCUCAUCAAGGCUGGAAUGACCAGUCCAUACACACCAACAUGACUGCAAUUUGGUACCGCCAGCCUCUUGACCCCACCACGGGCGAUAAGACUGCAAAGGCCGCCCCAAUCCCACCGGACGAGUUGAUCAACAUAGCCGGGAUUUCGCAGGUUCCUGAUGGGACUGCCACAUGGCAUAUCGCUGUGAGCAAAUACACCGACUCGCCUCUGCUCUCAGCAGCAUUGCCUGUUUGGGAUGCUUCCCAUACAAGCAUAGUCGCUGUCGUGGGCGUUACCACUGCUCUGUAUAGCGUUGGCCAGUUGAUGAAGGAGUUGGUUGAGUUUCAUAGUGGCCACAUAUAUCUCACCUCUCAGGAGGGGUGGCUGCUGGCAACCUCCACCAACACUCCUUUGCUGAUGAAUUCGUCGUCCGGGCCUAAGCUUAUGAUGGCUGUGGAUUCCCAGGAGAGUGUGAUUAGGUCAGGGGCUGAGUAUUUGAGUCGGGCGUAUGGGAACAAGCUGCCUCCGAGUCAAGAAGUUCAUAUCGAGAGCGCGAGGCUUGGGAACCAUCUUUAUUACAUUGACUCCUUUUUCUUGAACUUGAAGAGGCUUCCUAUGGUUGGAGUUAUCAUGAUACCGAGGCAAUAUAUAAUGGGGAAAGUGGAUGAGAAGGCUUUUAAGACUUUGAUGAUUUUGAUAUCUGCUUCUGUGUGCAUCUUGCUGGUUGGGUGGUUCUGCAUCUUCAUUUUAACUAACGGCGUCUCCAAGGAGAUGAAGCUGCGCGCUGCGUUGAUAAGCCAUCUCGAUGCAAGGAGAAGGGCAGAGGCGUCAAACAACUACAAGAGUCAGUUUCUAGCAAACAUGAGCCACGAGCUCCGCACGCCUAUGGCUGCAGUGAUUGGCUUGCUGGAUAUCCUCAUGAGCGAUGACUGCCUCAACAAUGAACAGCAAGCGAUGAUCAUACAGAUUCGCAAAUGCUCCAAUGCUUUGCUGAGGCUUCUUAACAACAUUUUGGAUCUCAGCAAGGUUGAGUCAGGAAAACUGAUACUAGAAGAAACUGAGUUUGAGUUGGGUAGAGAGCUUGAAGGGCUUACAGAUAUGUUCUCCGUGCAGCGGAUUAACCACAACGUAGAGACUGUUCUUGAUCUCUCCGAUGAUAUGCCUAAAGUAGUCCUAGGAGACUCUGGAAGAGUUCUUCAAAUUUUCGCAAAUUUAAUCAGCAAUUCGAUCAAGUUCACAACCUCUGGAUACAUCAUUUUGCGCGGAUGGUGUGAGACUGUAGACACGGAGAGUAAGAAAAGAGAGUCUUACCUCCAUCCAAAGGAGUCGUGGUGUGCACAGAAGUUGAAACGGAAACGGGAAGCAGCCCAAGGGAAGAUAUGCUCCAAGAAAGACAACAAAAUGAUGAUUUGGUUUGAAGUUGAUGACACUGGCUGUGGAAUUGAUCCUGACAAAUGGGAAUCAGUUUUCGAGAGUUUUGAGCAAGCAGAUCCGUCAACUACUAGGCUGCAUGGCGGAACUGGUCUUGGUUUGUGCAUCGUCCGAACCUUGGUGAACAAGAUGAAUGGAGAAAUCAAAGUGGUGAAGAAGAGUGGGCCGGGAACUCUGAUGCAGCUGUAUCUGCUUCUCAACACACCUGCUGAGACGACGAAGCAGCAUUACCAUUUAAACUUCAAAGACCACAAUCUAACUGUGUUGCUUGCACUUAAUGGCAGAAUGACCAGAAUGAUCAUGACAAAAUGGUUGCGGGAAAAAGGAGUUCAAACACACGAAGCAUCUGAAUGGAACGAACUCACGUUAAAUCUUCAAGAUUUCUUCACAAAUGAUAACUCACAAAUGCCACAGUCAGAAACUCAAGAAUCAAACUUUGGAAGCAGCUUUUUCAUCAUAAUCAUCGACGUUGGACUGCUCGACUUGAGCACUGAGCUGUGGAAGCAGCAGCUCAAUUUUCUAGAGGAGUACUGCGCUGAUAGAGCCAGCUUCGCAUGGAUCUUGAAUCACGACACCUCCAAAGUGGUCAAGGCUGAACUCCGAAAAAGAGGGCAUCUGUUAAUGGUUAACAAACCUUUAUACAAAGCAAAACUAGUUCAGAUUUUUGAGGCAGUCAUCAAAAGAGACAGAAACUUGCACCUACAAACUCCAGCAGCAGAUCACGAGUUUCAUGAAAUCGAUUCUCUUCAGUCCCCUUCAGCCAGCUCGGAUGAGUCUGAAAAGCUGGACAAUGAUAGCUGCAAUGUGAUUAGAGGAAGUGAGUAUUUCAGCAGAGGACCUCUGUGUCAAAGCACGCUGAGCAGCUCCUGUGCCGAUUACAUCCAUGUAAACCUAGAGGACGACGUCUCUAUCCUCAGUAAAGAACAGUCUUCCACUAAAUCAUAUAAUGAAGACAAGGAAGGUGGCGCUGCAAGCUCAUGUAAGGCCGUGAAUGAGCAGAAAAGGCCUCUUGAGGGCCUCUGCAUCCUUCUUGCAGAAGACACGAUCGUCCUCCAGAGAGUUGCAACGAUCAUGCUGGAGAAAAUGGGAGCAAGAAUCGUAGUUGUAGGGGACGGGAUUCAGGCAGUGGAUGCUCUAAAAAACAAGAGCCAAUCUAAUGAACACAAUGAUGCCAAAGCAUUGCCAUAUGACUUGAUAUUGAUGGACUGUCAAAUGCCAAAAAUGGAUGGGUAUGAAGCAACAAAAGAAAUAAGAAGAUGGGAAUGUGGAAGUGGUUGGCACAUUCCAAUAGUUGCACUCACAGCUCAUGCAAUGUCUUCUGAUGAAGCCAAAUGCCUUGAAGUUGGCAUGGACGCGUAUCUAACUAAACCCAUAGACUGCAAGCUUAUGGUUUCCACCAUUCUUUCCUUAACUAAAGGAACGUGAUCCGAGUCGGACUCAUACGUUUCAUCUCAUAUUCCGACACUAUCAAUGCAUGCAGUUAACUAAGCCUUGGUGCUUGAUUUUGUUUUAAGGAUAAGAUAUACAGUUUCCCACAGCAGCAGUAGAUGGAAUAGAGAGCCAAAUUGUAAAUUUAGUGCUCAAGCUUUUACCUUUCUUGAAAUGAUUUUAGGAGUUGGUGUACUGAUCAUUUACCAAAUAACUGAAAACAUAAAGCUCUUGCUACA